AUGUCGCUCCCUUCCUUCAUCACCCGGUUCACCCGCCCCUUCACCCAAUCCACGCGCCUCUCCAUCGCCGACUCCUCCUCCGCGCCCAUCCCCGACGGCGCACAGCGCUGCACCGUCGCAGCAGGCUGCUUCUGGGGCACGGAGCACCUCUACCGUCGGCACUUUGCGGGCAAGGGCCUCAUCGACGCCAAAGUCGGCUACAUAGGCGGCGAUUUGAACGAUCCUACCUACCGUGCUGUGUGUGGUGGUAAAACGGGCCAUGCGGAAGCAGCGCAAAUCAUCUUUGACCCCAGCAAAGUCUCGUAUAGGCAGUUACUCGAGUUCUUUUACAGGAUGCACGAUCCGACGACGCUGAAUGCCCAGGGGGGCGAUACGGGCCCGCAGUACAGGUCGGCGAUUUACUAUCACGACGAGGAGCAGGAGAAGGUGGCGAGGGAGGUGACGAGGCUGGUGAAUGAGCAGUGGUGGAAGGGGGGUGUUGUGACGGAGAUUGCGCCCGCGGGGAGGUGGUGGACUGCGGAGGAGUAUCAUCAGGAGUAUUUGGAUAAGAAUCCGGCGGGGUAUGAGUGUCCUAGUCAUUUCUUGAGGCCGUUUCCUGCGUUGCAGUGA